AUGUUCCGAAAGAGCCUCCUGGACCUCUCGCUGCCCUGGGCCGUCGGAGGGAGCCUCUGGAACCGCCGACCGGCGACGUGUGAGAAUCCACGAAGACAGCGCGUCCUUGUGGUCGGAGCGGGGCUGACCGGCUGCCUGGUGGCCAACCUGCUCAGGAGGCAGGGACCGCCUGGGCUGGAGAUCGAGAUCUGGGAGCGCGCCACCUACCCGUCAGGUCGCUUCGGCGCCGCGUUCUCUGGGAAGACUCUGCGAAGUGGUCGGUCUGGUGGCCAAGGCGGAUGGGCCGACCUCGGAGCACAGGUGCUCUCGGCGGUGGAGGUGGACUCCGGGCAUCCAAAUGCCGGGGCCACUGGGCACAACGUUUCGGCUUCUGACGUGGCUGCUUGUUGGAGGGAAGUGCAAGGAAUGGUGGAAGAAGGGUUGCUCGAGCGAGUCCCUGAAGAGAUGCUAGCAGAGACGGAGGAACGGAUGAAAUACGAGGGCUUGUGGGCGCACUUCUGGUGCAGACACGGCCUCGGCUAUCUGUUGAGGAGGUAUAUUUCCCAGGCCAACGCGCACCUGCGCCUGGGAGUGCGAGCCGAGGUUGCGUUUGAGAGAGCUGAGCAGGCGACUGUGCGUGGCAGCGCACGUGGCUGUGGUGGAGCAUCGUCUGUGCAAGCUCAGGCAGAUGUGGUCAUUCUAGCUGUCCCGGCACCUGAUGCAGUAGAGGUGGUGCAGCUGCCGCAGCACGUUGCAAGCAUUAUGUCAGGUAUCGAGUAUGACAGCCGCACGGCCGUCGCUCUUUUCUUCGACCCGGUUUUGCAGGAGCCUGUCGCUCGUGCCUUUCAGGGGCUCGCAGAAGUAUCCCUGGAUAUCCAUUCAAAAGAAGAAGUGCACCUGGUGUCCUGGCAGAAUGUGAAGGACAGGAGCUUCGCUCAUGGUGACAUCGUUCGACUGGUGGUACAUUCCGCGAACGGCAUUUCACUUGACGGGCCAGGUCCUGCUUUAGAGGCCCUUGCAGGCAUGCUCCAACUGUCAGCUGCUUUGCUUGAGCAUCUUCUACUCGAUUGGAAAGUCGUGGAUUGGAAAACUUGCCAGAUGGUGCGGCCCUUGGAAAGUCUUCAGACCGACCUCGAGCUCUCGGAACCGGCGUUGUUGCUUGGUGACAGCAACGCUUCGCUCAUCCUCGCCGGCGAUUACUGGUGCCAGAGCAGCUUUUUGGGCUGCUUCUGUUCGGCGAGCGCCGCAGCUCGCCAAGCCCUGGCAAGCCUGAGGACCGGCUUCAGAGGGGCCUCCGGGCAAACGCGUGAGAAGCCAACAGGCGAAGAAGAGGCAACAGCAGGCAGAGCGGCUCAAGAAGCACCAGAGGUCGAGGACGUGACAGUCGAAGACGCUCUGCGACUGCAAAGUCGACCGCAAGAAGGCCGUCACCUCGGUUACGGAGAGUGGCUCGAAGAAGACGUGUGGGUCCCGGAGGAGCUACCGUCUGUGGAGGAGAACGCCACUUGGAACCGACUGCGGAGACAGAACCCAGGUCUCUCGGCAAUAGCAGCCGAGAACCCAGGAAGCUCUUCUGGUGCAGAAGCUGGAGAAAGUGAGGACGACACCUUUGAGGCAAGGCAGACCUCGCGGGUGAUACCGCCCACCGAGUGGAGCUGGACAGAACCAGCUGUGACGGUGGACGGUGACAACGCGACACACGCACCGACGACAGUCUUCACGUCCAGCAGCGAAGAAGAGGAGAAGCCUAAGGAGGAGCCUGGAGAGUCCAGCUCUGUGGACUUUGAAAGCCGAGCUUCCUCAGUAGGUUGGACCGGACAGAGCAAGGCCAGCAACAGCGAAGCUGGUGGCAAGCCUCGCAGCAAGGAGCAGAGGCUAACAGACUUUGGGCAGAGUGGUACAGAGUCCAAGGCGGAGGAGGGUGGCAACAGCAGCAAGGAGGAGGCUGGUACCACCCUGGAGGACCCAGUAGAUGAGUCCACUUUCACGUCUGAGGAAAGCAGAUUGGCCAAGGCGUGGGUUUGGCGAAGGCACUUAGCAAACCCCACGUUUCCGAGUGAGAUCUCCCAGUGGAGCACCGCUUUGCACCAGUGGGAAGCUGAGCUUCGUGAGUUCGAGCGCACUUACAAGACCGCCUUUUCUGAGGACGAGAAGGUGUCGAUCUUAGCUCAUGUUGCGCCGAAGGAGCUUCAGCAGAGCAUUUUCAUGCAUAGCGAUGCCCUUGACAGCUACAACAAAAUUCGAGAAUACAUCGAACAGCAUGGACACAUUGCCGCUGACUGUUGGUGGAAGGUGGGUGCAGUCGACGCGGAGGCUGCGACUGACACCGGUGGAACCGGUGGCUCUGGAAACACAAAGGACAACACGAGCAGCAGCAACACGGCAGUAGGGUCUGUGUUUGAGGGCACGCAGCGCAUUGCAAGGUGGAGCGAUGAGGAUGUGAUUUUCACUGUAGGUGAUAGCAUUGUUUCGGCUGUUGGGCCGGAGCAGCUAGGGUGCAGGCAUCUUCUGGUUGACUCCGGAGCGUGUGAGAGUGUUGCCAAGUUUGGGGACUUCAAUGCUGAAAUUGAUAGUUCCAAAGCCAAGCCGCUUUUCAGUGUGCAAGGAACUCCUUUGAAAGUGUACGGCAAGCAGUAUCCGCAGGUCAUGUUUGGACAGACAAGUGGGUCUGUUGAAAUGACUGUGACCGAUGCUGCUGAGAGCCUCGUCUCGGUUCACAGCCUGGUAGCUAAGGGACACAAGGUUGUUUUCAGCCCAGGAGGGUGUUACCUUGAGACGAGAGCGGGUGAUACCGUACCACUAGAGCUUCACGGGAAAAGAUGGUACCUGAAGGUCAUGGACAAGACCGAAAGCUCUACACCGGUGCGUGGGCGUAUAGCCCCAAUCGGUGACGAACCAGACUUUGGACCUCGAGAGCCUGACAGGUGGAAGAGAGAAGUAAAGGGUGGGGAUGAGUACCUCAUUCGUGAGCACAACAAUCCGCGGAAGAGACUCUUCGCGCCGAGGGUCAAAGACCUUCCUGUGCCGCUUGAGAGAAUUGAGAGCGGAAGGCUCACGAAGAUGAUUUUUGAGGACGAUGGUUCGCGGCGAGAAGACCGCAGCAUGUGGGAAGACAAGCGGUAUGCGAUGAGAGAGUUUAAGCAUGCAUGGCUAGGAGAAACCUGGUUUAGGUUGAAGCCUGAGAGGGCUGAGGAAGGAGCUGCUGCAGAGGAGCAGCCAAGCCACGAAGAUGAAUGGAUGCAAGGCCUUGACGAAGCUUACGAGGAGGAAGCAGCUGGAGGAGAAGAAGCUCAUGAGAGAAUCGUGGAAGAUGAUGAAGACGCCGAGGAGCGUUUGAUGAUUGACGACGAGAGUGGUGAGAAGAAAGCGAAGGCUAUCAAGGCGCCAAAGGAGCCAACAGCUGCAGAGGUGGAGGAGCACAACCUUCACCACGCCAACUUUGAGAGUUGGUGCCCUGUUUGUGUGAUGGGGCAAGGAAAGAGCAAGCAACACCGCAGAGUCAAAGAGGAUCCGAAGGAGCGCAUCAUCUAUUCGGAUUACAUGUUCUUCACGAAGGAAGGAACAGAGGUGAGCAAAGAGGACAGUGAGAAGAAGAAAGCUGGUUUGGUAACGGUGUUGACGGCGAUCUGCAAGGAAAGCCAAUAUCCAUUUGCAUUGGUUUUGCCAUCCAAGGCCAGCGUGGACUACGCGAGCAAGGUGAUGAUGAGUUGGAUCAAGGACCUCAAGUGGGACAAGGUGGUCAUUCAGUUUGACCAGGAGAGCGCCUUGAAUAAGAUCUACGAGAAGGUGAAAGCAGGCAUGGGUGACACCGUAACCCUGCGGAGAUCACCGCGAUACAGCUCCCAGUCCUUGGCGGAUGGGGAGAUGGUCAAUGGACUCAUCGCAGGAAAGGUGCGCACGUGGCUUGCUGAAGUUUCCGAGAAGUACAAAAUGAAGAUCGGUUGCGACAGUGUGUUGUUUCCGUGGAUUGUGCGCCACAGUGCGUGGACGCUAGCAAGAUUCCACAUCAACCACUCGAAAACAACAGCUUUUAGGAUCGUGAACGGAUACGACUACUUAGGGGAGAUGAUGGUUUUCGGUCAGGUGGCAAUGGCGAAGUAUCCCAAACAGAUGGACAAGUCUGCCCCGAGAUGGAUUCGGGGAGUGUACGUGGGAAAGAACGCUGUGGGAGACGAGCACCUGUUGCUCACAGAGGCAGGGGUGCAGACCUGCAGAACUGUACGAAGGUUGCCAGAAAGUUCCCAGUACAGCAGUGAAGUGUUGGAAAAGGCCAGAGGAGUACCUUGGAACAGGUACUUGGGAAUCGCCACUAGCAGAGUACAGCAGGAGAAAUCCGAGAACAAGGCUGUUGCAGUUCCCGAGUUGGAGGCGGCCGAGACCUACGACUUUGGGUCGAGUGGAGAGAAAGAGGUGGUGUUUGUGCCGACGCCAGCAGCACCAGCGCUUGAGAAGAGAGGGUGGAACGACAGUCUCUACUCGCCUUCCAUUCCCGGAGAUAUGGCGCAAGACAUGGUAUCCUGCAUCAGCAACGAUGGUGAGUGGAACGGGGCAAGCACUUGCCUUGGAAAGGAAGACUACGAGUACUACAAGAAGUGGUUGAAGCAAAACGAGGCACUGUUCAACUCCAACAUGGUUAGCAAUAUCAUGGACUACCUGGACACCAUGCAGAUGGACGAAAGAGAGCUCAAGAGAGCAAGAAAGGAAGAGUUGAGAAAGCUCAACGAAGUCUACGGAGCCUUCACGCCAAGAGACCGGCGCCAGCUGUCAAAAGACUUGACCGUUUUCGGUCACAAGUGGGUUGACAAGGUGACAGAAGGAGUGGCGAAGUCAAGACUCACGUGCCAGGACUUCAAGAAGAAGCAGGAGGCGAACGAGAAGCAUAGUUCGGAGUACCCGUCGAACUUUUGCCCAACGCCGCACGCAACCUCGCGCAAGCUUUUGGAAGUUUACUCCUUGGCAACACAGAUGCCAAGAGUGAAAGCCGACCUCAGUUCGGCAUUCCUGAUAGCCAGAGAUGGUGGGGACGCUCGUGGGCAGCCAGUGCUCAUGCCAGAGAUCCAAGAGCAGAUGCGUGAAGUGCCAAAGGAAGAAAUCCUAUGGCGGGUGGAUGGAAACCUUUACGGCAGGCAGUCAGCAGCAGCCCAGUACAGAGACAGGCUGGAAGAAAUCCUCACGAAGGAGCUGCCGAAGGAAAAGUAUUUCUUCAAGCGUGGAAAGCUGGAUGCUUGUGUGUUUAGGUGCACUUGUACAGGCAUAGUUUUGGUUCAUCAUAUCGAUGACUUCGAUGUGUGCGGACCAGCUGACCUAUUGCAGGACUUGCUACAGGUGCAGUUGCCAAAAUGUGGAUGCAAGCUGAAAAUGGGAGAGCUUGAGUGGCCAGGAGAAGCAAGCACUAGCACGUCUGAGUUCCUUGGUAGGAAGAAAAUCCUUGUUGAGAAUGCUGUGGUGACAUUGCCAAAUGAGAAGCAUGCCACAGACAUCCUUAGGAUGCUAGGACUUGAGAAUGCCAAGCCUAGUCCAGUGCCAGGGAAGAAGCUCAAUUUGAGCGACAACAAACCCCUCGACGGCAAAGCUAAAGAGAUCUUCGCUAGCUGCGUAGGUAGCGCCACCUACCUAUCGCAGGACAGGCCAGACAUUAAGUUUGCCUGCAAGGAGCUAGCAAAGCGGAUCAGAGACCCGCGCGAAUGCGACAUGCAAAACCUGAAGGUGCUCGGGAGGUACCUUCGAGGAACAAUGCAGGUUGGACACGUCACCAAGCUUAACGAGCAGGUUGACCCGGUCGCAGGGAUUCCUCUUCAGGGGUUCUGCGACAGCGACUGGGCAGGAGACAAGGAGGACAGGAAAAGCACGAGUGGACAGGUGAUAGUCCUAGGAGGGAGUGUCGUGGAGACCUCUGCGCGAACGCAGCAGGGGACGCCAGCUACGAGCUCAGGCGAAGCUGAAGUCCGAGCCCUAACGCAGUGUGCUCAGGGCCUGGUGUUUGUGAGGAACCUUGGUGUUGAAGACUUUGGCAUGUCAAUCGAUGUGCCACGGCUGUUUUGUGACAGCAGUGCAGCGAUCCAAGUUGCCAGGAAACUUGGAGUUGGAAAGAUGAGGCACAUAGAUCUAGGACACUUGUACAUCCAAGAAUUGGUGAGAGAAAAGAGAGUUAUAGUGCAGAAGAUCAAAGGGACAGAGAAUCCAUCAAACGCCUUGACAAAACAUUUGGCCACAGGGGCCGAAGUGGAAGAAGCAAGGGAGAUGCUUGGUCUAGUCACUCUGGACAAGCAAGGGCUAGACAAGCACGUCUCAAAGAACACGAUGCAAUCGGUUGGGGCACUUGCAAGCUGGAAAAAGUGGCAGCCGCAGCAGUGCACCAGGCUCAGCACGAAGCAACUCGUUAGUGCUGUAGCUAAACACCGGCCUCUGAGGGAGACACCUAAUGGAUCUUAUCCCUUAUGGAGCGGGUGA